AUGGCAGUACGGUUUGCGCUGUACCUGGUCAAGGUUCACAGAAUUCGGCUGGUGGAGGUAGCAGCACCAGUUCAGCAGAAGCAAGAAGCUGACGUACACCUGAGUGAGCCGGAAGGCCAGGACGCCACCGGCGGCUGCGAGAACACUGCUGACGCACUGUCGCGUCUGCCAGCACCUGUGACGGAGGCAGCUGAUGACGAGAGCAUCGCCGUAGCAGCAGUUGAAGCUCAUCUGCAGGCGGUGACGAGGGAGGAGCUGGUAUCGGCAUCUCGGUCGGACCCUCAGCUGCAGCAGCUGGCAGAGCAGAUCCCACGGCCGUGGCCGAGGCGGUACGGAGACUGUCCGGCAGCUCUCAGGCCGUUCUACCGCUUCAGGGGGGAGCUUGGAGCUGUAGAAGAUGUCUUGGUCAGGGGAGAGCGUCUGCUGGUGCCGACCAGCCUCCGACAGCGUCUGUUAGCAGCAGCACACGAGGGACAUCAAGGAAUAGUCCUGACGAAGCAGCGGAUCAAGCAGCACUUCUGGUGGCCUGGACUGGAUGCCGCGGUGGAAGAGAUGGUCAGAGCGUGCGAGGUUUGUGCAUCUUCCGACAAGACGGCUACUCCGAGGAACGCUCCGCUGCACCCUGUACCGCUGCCUGAAGGACCGUGGGAGAAGGUCGGGAUCGACUUCAUCGGGCCGAUGGAGGGCGGAGGACAGCGGCAGCGGUUCGCCAUCGUUCUGGUGGACUACUUCUCCAAGUGGCCAGAGGUUGGCUUCUGCUCGAGCCCGUCGACGGAGGCGGCGAUCGAGUUCCUGGAGGUGGUUGCUUCCAGGGAGGGGUACCCGUUACAGGUGGUCUCUGAUAACGGUACGGCUUUUGUGUCCGUAGAUUUCACGGCUUACCUGCGGAGGGUCGGCGUUCAGCAUGUACGGGUAACGCCGUACCACCCCAGAGGCGCUGGAGCGGUGGAGCGCAUGAACAGAGUGGUGAAGUCCGCGCUGCAGACGGCGUCCAAGGAGAAGCAGGACUGGUCACAGGCGGUGCGCCAGUUCCUGAGGACGUACCGUUCGACGCCUCAUGCAACCACCGGCCUGAGUCCGUCGGAGAUGCUGCAUGGUCGUCAACUCCGGACGAUGCUGCAUGCACCCACGCACCCUCCGGGUAAGGUAGCGGCCGACAGUGCCCGUACCAGGGACCGUGUCGCUAAACGGCAGAGGCGGCAGAAAGCGUACUGGGACAGGAGGAACCGAUCUGUCAAACCGUCAUUCAGUGUCGGUGACUGGGUGAGGUACCGUGUCAUGCCUGUGCCCAGAAAAGGUAGAGACCGUUUUUCUGCUCCUCACAGGAUCGCUGAGCUGGUUGGACCAUCGGCGUACCGGCUGGACAGUGGAGCACUGGUCCACGCCGAGAGGCUGACUCGCUGGACUGGGUUGCCUCCGACCGCACUGGGAGACGCCGAGCAGCCGCAGCUCUCGGAUCUUCCCGUCGUCCGCUCCCCGCCGGAGCCGGUCGAUGAGCCUCCGGCUGAGGCCACGGCGGCGGCACGGACUCCAGAGCAGCGGCCGGAGCGUCAGCCCGACGUGCCGGGAUCACCAGCUGCGGCACCCGCGGUGGACACAGCGGCGGCGACGCGCUCGCCGGCCAGUGAGACGAGCGGCUCCGGGUUCGAGGGUGCUCAGGAACACCGCUGGGAUGACGCCAACUCAGCAGUCAGCAGGGACGUCACCGAUGGCGUUGGUGGCGGGCGUGUGGGGACUUCCCCCGCGCUCGCCCGCCGUGUUCCCGGCGCCCUGCGCCUGGUGGGCCGGUGA